CGAACAGGAGGCUAAUCAUAUUCUCGCUGUGUCACGUGAUAUGACGACCCAGGGUGGACCCAUCCAUUCUCUAAAAAGAUUGGCCUCGACUAACAGGGGAGGCGUGUUGUCUGAGCACAAGGCCUUGAGCCGGGAACUUCUGUCCCUGACUGAGAGACACAUGGUGUGCCUCAAACAUCUUCAGGAGGUGAAGGAGAGCGGAAUAAUGGCCAUGGCUGCCUCUCGUAAUUAUGAAAGGAGAAUAAGCGAGCUGAAGGCUGAGCUAGUGAAAGUGGGGGAAAGGUCCAAGACGUCUCAGCAAAGUAUGCUGGAGAAGAAAGUCCGGACUCUGGAGUCCAAGCUGGUUAAACACAAUCAGAAGGAGCAGACCCACAAAGCCCGUUAUGAGUGCCUGUUGAAAGAGGAAAGCGAGCUUGUGAACAGGCUGAGAAAGACCUCUGACCAUGCAUGUCAAGAAGCAUGUGACCUGCAGAAGAGUCAGUUGGAGUCCUUGAUCUCCAGUCUCAGAGACUUUGUUGUCAAGACAUGCUCGCCUGACAACGGUGACAGGAGCAGCUUCCUGAAGGCGGCCAUUGAUGACAUAGCUGUCGAUGACAUCAUCAAUGCCACCUGUGAUGUCACCUCACAGAAGUACAUCUUCCCAGAUGUUCAGGCCUGGCAUGGGAAGUUUGGCUUCUUGGAGAAAAUUCCAACCCCGUUCGUCCGAGCAUCGGAUGUGGCCAUUAGACGAGAUCCAAAGAAAGGCCUGACUGAGGAGAACCUCCUGGCACAAGAAAUCAUGUCAGCCAUUGGCCAGCCCGUUCACAGUCGCAGACGCUGGAUCUCUAAGUCUAGUACCAAGAAUGGUGACAACGGUGACUUCAACAACAACGAAUCUGUUACUGUCAUCUCAAAAGCUGCAGUGGAGGAGGACGUGAAGUAUCUGGAAGACGUGUAUGUGCGCGUUAUCCGCCCCUUCAAGCCCACCCACCCUGAGCACCUCCAGCUGAAUCUGGGCAUGCGUAUCAAGCAAAAUUCCCCAUGGACGUACGGGGCAUGUCCUUUGGGUGGUGUCGGCGUGGGCUUGGGGGUCGGAAGAAGCGGCAUGGAUUUUACCCUGCAGAUCACGUGAUCUUGGAGAACUAGAC